UUGAAAAAUAAAAAAUAAAAAAUCAUAUAUAAUUCAAACUCCAACCCCCCUCCCUCUCUCUCUCUCUCUCAGUGCUAACUUCAACUUCUUCUACUGUCUUUGUUGUUGAGCUCUGUGAUCUGACUUCGGUAGGGUUGGGGUUAGGGUUUCGAGAGGGGGACGGAGGGAGAACGAAGAGCAAGCUGUAAUCUUUUGCUCGCCUUCUUUCUCUUUCUUUCUGCCCUAAUAAACACAAAGAUUAGAUUUUUGUUUUUUUUUAAAGGAGAAUUUGAGCAAUGCCCGUUGGCAGCGUGAUUUCUCAGUCUAGGUUCAUCUCACCUUCUGUUCUACAAAAGCCCAUGUUCAAUUCUCCUGGACUCUCGCUCGGACUGCAGAGUAACGAUUUGGACGGGAAAGGCGACGAGCUGAGUCGAAUCAUGGAGGAUUUGGAUUCUGCUAGGGACGAGGAGCGCGAGAGCAGAUCUGGGAGCGAUCACUUGGAUUUUGCUUCUGGGGAUGAUCUCGAGCUUGAGAAUCCGAGGAAGAGGAAGAAGCAGAAGCGAUACCAUCGGCACACCCCUCAGCAGAUCCAAGAGCUCGAAGCGCUUUUCAAGGAAAGCCCUCAUCCUGAUGAGAAGCAGAGGAUGGAGCUGAGCAAGCGCCUCAACUUGGAGCCCCGACAAGUCAAAUUCUGGUUCCAAAACCGCCGCACUCAGAUGAAGACCCAAAUCGAGCGACAUGAGAACGCGCUACUCAAGCAAGAGAACGAGAAGCUCAGGCUCGAAAACAUCACUAUAAGAGACGCGAUGAGAAGCCCAAUGUGUGGGGGUUGCGGAGGCCCAGCGAUCCUUGGGGAGCUCUCCCUCGAAGAGCAGCAGCUGAGGAUCGAAAAUGCUCGAUUAAAGGACGAGCUCGAUCGAGUCUGUGCUCUUGCGGGGAAGUUUUUGGGAAAACCCGUUACGGGGUUCUCUACAUUUUCUCCGGCCAUGCCCAACUCGUCCUUGGAUCUUGGAUUUAAUGGAUUCUAUUCAAUGGCCCCGAAUUUGCCGCAAGUUUCUGAUUUCGUUGCUUCCAGCUCAACGGGAACUGUUAUCGACAGAUCACUUGAGAAAUCUGUACUUUUGGAGCUGGCAUUGGCUGCAAUGGAUGAGCUUGUGAAGAUGGUACAAAUGGGGGAGCCUCUUUGGAUACAAGGGUUUGAAAAUGGGAAGGAGGCAUUGAACUAUGAGGAAUAUUUGCAAGUUUUCCCUCGAUGUAUUGGAGCGAAGCCUGUCGAGUUUGUGUCUGAGGCGACGAGGGAAACUGGGAUGGUGAUCAUCAACAGCUUGGCCCUUGUGGAGAUUCUCAUGGAUGCCAAUCGUUGGGCUGAUAUGUUCCCUGGUAUGAUCGCCAACGCGGUCACCACCGAUAUAAUCUGUAGCGGCGUUGGGGGUACUAGAAAUGGAGCAAUUCAGCUGAUGAAUGCUGAGCUUCAGGUUCUUUCGCCGCUGGUUCCCACUCGAGACGUGAGCUUCCUGAGAUUCUGCAAGCAGCUUGCUGAGGGAGCAUGGGCAGUGGUGGAUGUGUCGAUCGAUGGAGGAGGGAGGGAGAGCUCGUUGGUGGUGGCCGGAAGUAGUAUGAAGUGCCGGAGGCUGCCGUCUGGUUGCGUUGUGCAGGAUAUGCCCAAUGGAUAUUCUAAGGUUACGUGGGUGGAGCACGCGGAGUACGACGACGCUGCGGUGCACCAGCUGUACCGUCCAUUGCUCCGCUCGGGCAUGGCGUUGGGGGCCCACCGCUGGGUCGCCACGUUGCAGAGGCGAUCAGAAUGUCUCGCUAUUUUGCUUUCAUCCUCCAUCCCCAAUGAUAAUUCUGCCAUAACCCCGGCGGGGCGACGGAGCAUGUUAAAGCUAGCACAACGGAUGAUGGACAACUUCUGCGCCGGAGUCUGCGCAUCUUCGUCCCGCAAGUGGAGGAGGUUCGUCAGCGUCGGCGACAACAACAUUGCGGAUGACGUCCGGGUGAUGACGAGGCAGAGCCUCAACGAGCCCGGGGAGCCUCCGGGUGUCGUGCUGAGCGCCGCCACGUCGGUGUGGGUCCCGGUGCCCGAGAGGCUGAGGAGCCAGUGGGAUAUUUUGUCUAAUGGUGGGCCCAUGCAGGAGAUGGCUCAUAUUGCCAAGGGACAGCAUCAGGGCAACGCUGUCUCUUUGCUCCGUGCUAGCGCUGCGACAGGAGGAACGCAAGGAAACAGCAUGCUGAUACUGCAAGAAACGUGCACGGACUCCUCAGGCUCAAUGGUGGUCUACGCUCCCGUUGACGUCCCGGCAAUGCACCUAGUGAUGAACGGUGGGGACUCGGCCUACGUGGCGCUCCUUCCCUCGGGCUUCUCCAUCGUCCCAGACGGUGCCCACAACAAGGCUGGCACUAGCGGUGGGUCCCUUCUGACUGUGGCAUUCCAGAUAUUGGUCAACACGCUUCCAUCUGCGAAGCUAACAGCCGAGUCAGUGGAGACGGUGAAUAAUCUGAUAUCGUGCACCGUGCAGAAGAUCAAAGUGUCACUAAGCGCAGAGAACUAAACGAAAGGAGAAAGUAUCCAGUGCUCCGGUUCAUUGCAUUAAUGGUACAUUAAAUAGUAGAUCUAUCGUUAAUGCAAUUAACCGGAACUACCGAAUAGUUUAUUAAAAGAUAAUGAGGGUGGUAAUUAAGUAGCUAGGAGUUUGAGUCGGAGUCAAGAACGAACCGCGCGAGUAAAGAACCAUUGCUAGGUGAUAAGGAUUUGAGUCCGUGUUUGAGGUUCUUAACACAGAGCAAUGGUGGUGGUUCGGGUAUUGACUCAGUCGCUCUCUGCUUUUGUUUGUAUUCUUGUAUUUUGUAUUUUGACAGUGUUGUAACUCUAGUGGUUGACCAUGACCAAGUUGUUUUCUUUGAUAGUUCAACUUAUAUUAGUAUUUUUGCAUCCUAUCGGAAUAACAUUCUUCAAAAUUACAAUAUAAUUCAUAUUUGUAUCGAACGCUUUAUUUGUAUUUUAUACGUACAAGGAGUCGGAUAUAUUUGUGAA